CCAGCGAGGCGGUUUCCUAUCUGAAACAAAAGGGCUUCGGCCAUUCGAUGGGCGCUCCCAGCGACCUGAUUGCUUCCGAUGUCCUGGACCACUACCGCACCUACUCCCUGAUUGAGCUCUAUUUGAACGCACCCACAAAGCUGAUGGAGCAAUCCUGCUUCCAGCUGGAGCCACAUAUGCGUGACCUAAUCACCGAGAAGUACUACUCCAUCGAUGAUGUGGUGGCCCGGGAAAUACUGGGAAAGAAACUGACUUCCCGCUACCGCAAGGAUCUGGACGAGGUGGCCGAAAAGACGUGCGUCAAGCUGAAGUCGGUUCGACGACAGUUUGACAACGUGAAGCGGAUAUUCAAGUCCGUGGAGGAGAUGCCGGGCACGCUGACCAACAAUAUCAAGCAGCAUUUCUUCAUCUCCACCGAUCUGGCCAAAAAGUAUGCCUGCAUAGUUUUUCUGGCCUGCCUGCGGUUUGAAACCACCAAGAAGAAGCUGCAGUAUUUAAGUUUCAGCGAUUUGCUCACUUGCUCACACGCCAUUAUGAUCUACUGGACCUACACUUACCAGCACACUGGACCGGAAUACUAUGAUACCGAAAUGGACAAAGAGUUUCUUCUAGAUUUAAGGGAACUGCGCUGUCUGCUCGACAAGGAAAAGGAAAUUAAGCACCUCGUCUGCAUGCGCCUCAAACCCGUUCUUCUGGAGCGCGCCUUUCACGAGCUUGAUGGCAAUUUUCGGUCGUACUGGCGCGCUUUGAUCACAAUUGCCUGCAAUUUGCACCGCAAUCGGGAGCUGCGUGAUCUAUUCGUCGAUCUCUGUGAGAAACUGAUUGAUCCUUGGCGUCAGAAUGGCUGGAAUCGGGAGCAAGUGAAUAAGUUUCUGGCUUCCAUAACGCAAAGCGUCUUGGAUCUGGAAAUAUCUAGGGACCAGGAGACUCGAUGUCUUUGGGAUCGCUACAUGCAGGUCAUAACGAUUUGCUUGGAUAAAAUGUAUCACAUUUAAGCUGUGCUUGAGUUAAGGAACAAGUUAAAAUAGUUUAGUUGUGUUUGUUUUCGAUUUGUGUUAGCUUUUAUAUAUGACAUUAUAUUGUAAAAUAUCAAAUAUAAGCUGAAAUAUAUAAAAAAAAAUCAUAA